AUGGUCAUGGAGCACAUUUCUGAUUGUGCGGAUUUAUUGUUGAUACUAGGAGAUUUUAAUAUCCAUAUUGAAAAGCUGAAUAACAAAAACGCCAUGCUUUGUUGGAUGUUUUUAAAGCAUUUCAAGUUUGUAAUCGAGGGUGCACUCUUUAUGCCGGGGUGCACUAGCUAUGAGGCGCGUCCCCAGGUGCACUGCUUACAACAGUGCUCUCUUGAGCACGAGAUAAACUGCAACCGCGCUGCCUUGUGUGCUUCCAGCAAAAAGGCUAGGCCCACUGCUUAUAACUGGUGGUUGUCGUUAGGAAUUGGGCAAUUCCAGAUAUAUAAAUUUUUUUUACCCAAACAUCUUCCAAGUCAUCACAAAAAAAAGAUCUCUUAUUCCCUGAAGACCUCAAAUGGUCAAGAGGUGACAAUAUCCAGGAAGUACGCAAAAGUGGAGGGAUGUUGCGGAAAAUCGGGCGUACACACACAGACGACUAUUCAGGAAUACAAAAGGUUGAAGAUUUUUGUCGCAGUCGGAAUUUUUGAGGAAUUGCUAUCCGACUCAGACACCCCAUUUUUAUUUCCGCUCAUCUCUUAUUUAAAGUUCAGUAAAAAAACAUUGUUAAAAGAAUAA